CUCCGUCACUCCCUACAGUCAUCCACAAUGUGGCCAUGUGGAACAAAGUGGAAUAUCAGCGACAGCGGAAAAGUGCUACACAUGUGGGCUAUCGAAUUUUCCUCAAGUACACCGCUUGGUUUCUCUAUGGCAUUGCCUGUGCCUGCAAGUUUUGUAAAGCAAAGUGGAAUCCAGUUGAAAGACGCAUCGAGGAGCGACACUACAAUCGAAUAGUAUACAAACUGAUAAUAAUCCUCAAGAUAGUUCUCAUUGCGAGCCAAUAUCUGAUGUAUUUUGUGAUGUUUUUGGCCGUCUACAUUCACUAUUCGCUCGUGGAGAAGAGCAGUGCCCAGAAUUUCUUGAUGGGCACCUUUGCCCAGGGCAUCAACUAUAAUGUCUUUCGGCGAUUGGUCAUCUUUUUGCACUUAAAACAGGAUCGCAUAUUCGUGAGGCAGACGGUGAAUGAGAUCCUGCAGAUUUCGGAGGACAUUGAACAAAAGUUUGGCAUCAUCUAUCACUGCGAUGCGAAUCUUUUGGGUGUGUAUUUCCUUAAGCUGUUCCUCCUCUACGUGUACAUGGUCUCAUACUGGUACAAGUCGUACUUUUUGCUCAUCAAUCUGCUCUAUUGGCUGCUCCUAGAGUACUGCUUCAUGGGUUGGUUCCUCUACCAGCAGCUGCUCCUCAAUUGGUAUCGAAAUAUCACCAUAUUCCUACAGCGUUUUAUCGAUGAUCAUAAGGAUAGAGAGAGGAUACUGGGUCGCUUUCAUCGCCGUCUGUUCUGGCUGUUUGAGCUCCAUUUGCGUAUCAAUAAUCUCCAUAGGAGCAUCAACGACAACCUCUCGUGGCUGUCCACCUCCAUCUAUCUGAUGAUAUUUGUCUGCAGCAAUAGAAUGGAGCUGCUCAUCGAGUGCAUCGUGUUCGGAGAGGAUGAAUUGGAGAAUAAGCUCUACAUCAUAGCCGACGGCGUUCUGGGUCCCGUUCUCAUACCCCUUCUAUAUGUCCUGCUAAUAGGACUAUGCACAGAUCGCUUGCGCGAUGCAGAGCUUGUGCUGCAGCAGCAAAUUGUCAUCAUUCAUGGGCUGUACAUCAGGAAAGACCCCUCCCGCACUCUAGCCAUAAAGGUCCUCUACAAUGAGCACACCUCUUUGAUCAUUCAUCAGAAGUUGGAACCGCUGCAGAAUUUAAUUAUUUUGGGCACAACGUGUGACCGGGAGUUUGCUUUUGAUUAUCUCUUAACGUCGAUCCUUACGGCGGUCUCAUUUGUGCAAUAUUCCCUAUCGUGCGGUGAUUAUCCCAUUAACGAGUGUGCCACACAUAAGUAG